UAACGAGUGAUAAGGCUCUUUUAACGUUUGCAUUAGCCAACAAAACGCCAACCGGAGAAAAAUAUCUUAUUGACAUUGCUACGCAGCGCGACACCUAUCAUUUACGCUUUUUCCAUAUCGCUAUCAUUUCCUCUGUGCGUGUUUGAGAGUGAAAAAGCUAUACCAGGAGCAGCGAAAAGGUUUUCGCAGCGCAUUGUCCACAAGUGGUCAUUUCCGAACCGGUUUUUUCGCGGGUAACCAAUGGUAGAACGGUUUGGAGUUUCGGUAUCUGCAAACAUUGUAUUUCAAGACCGGAUCACGUUUUAAAUGCAUUGCGGGUCAUAUACUGGAUAGUGGAAGAGUCCGAAUUCGGAUGAAAAGCCUUUAAGCCGACCGGAAGCGACGAUCGCCGCUGCCUGAUAAACUAUAGAUUACUCACUCGCUUAUCACCCACUGCCAGUGCGCGUGAGCGGAUAAUUUGCAGAUGAUCGUGCUGGUGGGCUCGUAAAAGGCCUGUUUAUUUGUGAAAUUACAAAACACACAUACACACACGGUGUUAAUCAGGAGAAAGCCACCCUGACGAUUUCCUGCCUGCUAGCCCAUUUUUAUCCGCAGAUCUAGAAAUUGUGCUCCCAUACGCUUAUUUCGCGUCUCACCGGAAGGGACCAUGCCAAUCACCAUCCUCCUGCCAACAUCCCAAUUUCCGCUGCACAGUCCCGGUUAUUUUAUGUGCUGACCGCGCAGCAUACGGCCGUCGCGAAAAACAUCUCACCGGAAAACACAGACGCACUGCGCGCUGUGUCGAUAAUUCCUUUUGGCUAUCAUAUAAUUCCCGCUGGAAAUUGAUUGCACCAAUAAUACAGCCCACGGUCACAUAACCCACCGGAUUGAUAGCAUUAAAGAAAUUCAUCCGUUAUGGCGUACACGGAACCCGCGCGCGACACGACGACUAACUAUCUUGAGCAGAUCCGCAGUAUGUUGGUGCAGCGGGCCAAUCAUGACCCGUACGGCGUCGCACUGGACAAAGACCCGGACCGGACCUCUCUCGCUAAGCUGAUCCGUAGCGGACCGGCUUUGGCCAAUACGUCGGUGAUUCAGGCGGCGCCCGCCCGCAGCUACAGCCCGGUGGACGUAAAAAUGCCGCCGGCGUUGGCCACGCCUCUCAAUGGCUACGGUCAUGUGAUGGGCGGCGUGGAGAACGGUGAACCGUUGCCUGGUCGCCGGCUGUCCAACGGGUUUGAAGAGAGCGUUAUUGUCGAUUCCCGCCGUUUUUCCACGUCCAAGGAUAUGCCAGAGAUAUCGCCCAGCUCUGCUGGUUCAGAAGCCCAUCACGAUCUGGCCGAAGUGCCCGGCAACCAUGGGGUUCUGGACAACGGCCACGACCUGGACUCCAUCCCGCCGUUAUCGCCCAAAUCGGAGGCCAGCGGCGGCUCGGUGUGCAGUGAGCGCAGCGGCUACGAACCCGCAACGACCAUUCAGUAUACGAAUUUGCUGCGGCAGCAGCUGCUGCAGCGCCAGACCAGUCUGCUGCAGUACCGUCUCCAGGGCGGUCAUCCCGGCGACCACGAGGGGGGCUCGGACGCCGAAGCCGAGCAUACCAGCAAUUCGCCCAGUUCAUCGGAGCUGCCGGAGGGCGGCAGUACACCGCCGCCCCAGGUCGGCCAGGAGUUCCACUGUCAGAUCUGUGACUUCCAUUCGACCUCCCGAUUUCACUACAAUUCCCAUAUGAACACGCACCAGGUGCACCGCUGUCCCAUACCGGAGUGCAAUUACUCGACGCGCACGGAAGGCCGACUGCGCCGGCAUGUCAAGGGCCAUCAUCAGCAGUCGCGGGAUUCCAGUGUCGGAGGCGAGGAUGAUGGGACCCACUCUGGUGGGGAGUCCAAGAGUCGCCGGGCGUCGGAUGUCGAUAGCACGACAGGCAUGGCGGUCACUCAGGGGUCCAGUGGAAAGGUCAAGAACUACCGCUGUAAACAGUGCCUAGAUUUUGUAGCGGCCAACAAAAACGAGCACUACGACCAUCUCCGUCUGCACAUUAAAGCGGAGAAGCAGUUGGCCUGCCCGAUGGACGGCUGCCGUUUCGUCACCGAGUACAAGCACCAUCUCGAGUACCACGUGCGCAACCAUUCCGGCAGCAAGCCGUUCAAAUGCCCCAACGCCAACUGCAACUACACCUGCGUCAACAAGUCCAUGCUCAAUUCCCACAUGAAAUCCCACUCCAACUUCUACCAGUACCGCUGUGAAUGCGGCUACGCCACAAAAUACUGUCACAGUCUGAAGCUGCAUUUGAAGAAGUACAACCACAAAGCCACCAACAACGGCCCCGAGUCAGCGCAGCUCAGUAUGGCCGCGUCCCCGCAGUCCAUCAUCACCGCAUCGCCGGUGAAAUCCCCUCGCGACGAACACCACCCGAAACGUCGCAGCCGCCCCAAGAAGCCCGUCCCUCAGGAGCCGUCAGUGGCGCCCCAUCCUCCGCCAGUGGUCAGCAGUGCCCCCGGCGGCGGGGGCUUUGGCGGCUUCCCGAUGGCCAUGCCGGAAGCGGCGGUCAGUGUGCCGCAGGCCUUCCCCUACAGCCUAUACCCACCGGGAUUCAGCCAGUUCCAGGCAGCGUCUAUUUAUAAUAAUUUACUGCUGAGUGCAGCUGCCGCCAAUGGUCUGAUAAAUCCGGCCAUGCGGAUGAAUAUGGCACGCCCGCCACUGGCGCUCACUCCGGAGAACGCUAUUAUUAAACGGGAUUCACCCACGCCGCCUUUGGCCGAUGAUCACCAGACUGGAUUUCGUCUUUUCCGGCGUCAGUUGAAUCAUGGCAACAACCUGGAGAAUCUGGGUAAGCGCAAGCAGAAGGGUGUCCUGCGAAUGCUGCCACAAUCGCGUGUCAUCCGCUCCAGCAUUCAGGAGCCGCCGGCCCCCAACGGCCUGCCGCUGGAUCUCAGUGGCAGCUGCGGCAAAGAGAACGGCCAUAGUAGCAGUGCCACCACAACGAGCUCCGAAUCCCAGUCCCGCCACUCCGAUUCCCCCAAAUCCAACGGCUCCUCAGCACCCGAUUCCACCGGUGACCUGUCCAGCAGCAGCCGACGCCGGCGCAAAGGCCCGGCGUUUAAGAUCGAUUUGGCUGUUCGUCAGCGUCUGCAGGACGCCUUGACCGAGGAGGAUGAGCCGUCGGGCUUCCUGGAGGAGGAGAAAUGCCCCAUCAUCCAGCCGGAGAGUCCCGAGGACCUUCGCGGCACGGAGAGCGUCAUUAAAGUAAAGAAACCCCGUCGGGAAUUGGCCUGCGAGCAUUGCGGCAUGGCAUUCGAGGACGGGACCAUGUACACCAUGCACAUGGGCUUCCACGGACGGGACAGUCCCUACACGUGCGGAUUAUGCGGACAUCAGGCCAUGGAUCGGGUGUCGUUUUUCCUACACAUUGCCAAAGCUCCCCACUAUUGAAGCAGCGCGUGGCUUGUUUUCUUUGCGGGUUCCUGUUUGCGUUAGCCUUUUCCAAGCUUUUUGUAAUCUUUUUCUAUUUGUACAUAUUAUCCUGCUCAUACAACGUCCCCCGUUCUCUCCUCCUUUUGUCCAACAUAACACACACAAAGUCGUCAGUGCGCUGUCCCGGAGUUCCGUCCCGGACCUGGUUUGUCGUCACGUUCAGCGUUUGGGCUCAAAAUAAUCGUCCGUUUUUUCUUCUCUUUUCUAAUUUGUCCCCGUCGUUUUUUUCUGGCUGCCCUCCAUUGUACGUACACGUACAUGCACAGUUACACACGCAUUGCAGAAAUGUGUCCGCGGUGUAUUUUUCUGGCUGGACUGUUGGUUUUUUCGGUAUUUUGUAAAUUAUUCUGUAUCAACUGACCAUGGCUCAUUUAAUGUAUACGUUCCGCAAGUUCCUCUAUGUGCACAUGUUUGAUUUUUUAUAUUAUUAUUAUGCCGGCAACUGUGCCGGAUGCAGCUCCCAUGUGUUUUGGCUUUGGCGAGACAAUGCGUGUGCAUGCGGUUACAAAAUUUGACUAUUUUUGUUUUUCUGCAGGUUAUUUCAAUAUUGUUACGCCGAUCUCGAGGUUUUGGUUCAUGUUACUAUGGGUCGCAUGAUCACAUUGAUAUCUGUUGAGUUUGCCGUUUUGUUUAACAAAAUAAAUCAGCGAAAAAUGGA